AUGCUCAUUCUACAGAUCACCGUCGUUCUGGGUAGGAACUUGGUCCCGCGGACAACAAACAUGUGGGCUCGACUCAGUGUACUAUCGAUCGUCGUGACAUGCUUGUUCCUGAAACUCGCGCUCGGAGCCCCCGCAGCUCCGGAAAGUAUCGACUCAGCUCCGGAAAUGUCCACCGUACCGAUAAAAAUCAUAAUACCCGAGAGUACAGAAGUGGUGGACGCCACCACCUCGACGAGCUCCCUGAUUCAUGGAUGUCUGAAGAAAGACCCCACCACUGUUGAAGAAAAUGAGGGACUCACUGUAAGUGCUGAUGCAUAUACCGAGUGCGCAAAGCAGGAGCUUAAGUCGGUAUUGAAGGACCUGGAUGAGCAAAUCCAGAACAUGAACGGUGGCGCCGGGGUCCGCGAGGAUAAAUCCGAAAAGGGUUCCCAGUCCCCGCAACCGCCGUCCUCGAGUCGAAACCCUGAACGGGUGAAUCAGGAUAUUCUGGCCCAGCACGGAAUCAGAGACAAGGAUAGCAACGCUAAGGAUAAACUUAUUGGCGACGCUGCCGCCAACGCUACGACGGAGGCUGUCAAGGCGGUGACCAAUUCGAACGAUAUGCUUUCGGUCCUACAGACCGUUUUCGAUUACAAACGAGUCAUGAACGAUUUGAGGCGAAUUUUCCGCGGUGAUGUCCUCGGAGUACUUGGAGAGUACCCGGGCAGGAUGAACGGUCUCUUCAAGAUGGUUCAGGAACUCCCGCGCAGAAUAAUGAAGAGCAUCGGGAUAGUGAACCGACUUCGGACGGAUACAAGCGACAAUACCUUCAGAAGUCUCCUCACGAAUCUCCGAGAUUACUUGGUCCAAGCUUCGCAUAGCGCCAAGGCUCUGCCCGACGCGCUGAACAUGAUCGGUGUUGUUGAAACUCUGAGGAACGUAGCAUCCAAAAUCGGUGACGGUGUUCAACGGCGGCUGGACGACGCACCCGCUCAACGUGCCCUACUCGCCAGGGUCGAGGGAGUCGUCGGCGGAGGUUUUGUCGGCGGCCACUUUUCCGUCGAUCACAGUCCUGACCGCUCGAUACUGAGCAGAGCAAUUUCAAUCCCCGAAGGAUUCAUUGCUGAUGCGAUACAUCCGAGAAACCUAUUUCACCUCCGUCUGCACCACGGAGAGCAGCCCUCGCAAUGAUGGAGGGCUCAGGAAUGGAGUUUUGGACUGAGCAGACGUUAGCUAGUCAAAACCGUCGUCAGUGUCAUAUAUUUAUUGCUGGAAGAAUAUUUAUUGAUUUUUCUA